AUGACUCAACGACUUACGUUUUUAACACUACCCGUUGAAAUACGCCUGAACAUCUAUAGUUGGGUGCAUGCUGAUCAUGCUGUUCAGCAUGCGCAACUAGACCCAGGGUACCCUACUCCCCCCAUGACGAUAUAUAUGACAAAAUCCAUUUCCCCGGAACCAGUGGCGCAGCUUACUCCUAUUCAACUUUCGUCAGAUGGCCACAACCCAGGCAAACUCUCAGUCAAAGCAGAACAACAAAAUCUCCGACUUCUACACCAGAAUCGGCCGCUCUCCCGAAUACCUACGUCGCUCUUAGUAGUAAAUAGACAAGUAUAUCUAGAAGCAAAGAGUGUGCCAUUUUUGGAAAACGAGUUUGUCUUUAUCAACUGGUUCUCAUCUGGCUUGUCAUUAGCAAACUCGUUUGUCGCUGUCUUGGCACCGUGGCAACAGGAACUUCUGCGUUUUGCCAGACUUGAAUCGUUUACAAUCGACUUUCAAGAGAGCGGACACGAAAAGUGGAACCACCUAUGUCGAUUGUUUUCUCUUGGGCUCUGGGGUUUGCGACUAAGGAUCCAGGAGGGGAAAAUCCCAUUUAUUUCAUCAGGGCCUGGAAGCGAAAACCAGGUCGCCGCCAGCUCCAUGCCUGAGUCCUCCUGGAAAUGCAUGGUACUCGCACUGGCAGAGAUGAAGGCGUUGAGGUGGCUCGAGAUAGAACUGAGUAUUGUAGGAUGGAGUAAGUCUCAGAAGACAAUCUGGUGCAAGAAACUUGAGGAAUGUGUAAACAUGACAAAAGAAAAAGUGGAGAGAAAGAUUCAAGUCCUUUGCGUGGAAUUACAGACGAGUCAUUGA